AUGACGACCUCUCUAGAUAUCCUAGAUAUCGCCAACAACAACUUGAACGGAUCAGCUCCGGAGUGUUUUUGGAAUCUCACUGCCAAGUCUCUCUCAGUUUUAGACAUUGGUGAUAAUCACUUCACUGGAAGCCUACCAGAUAUAUUCAAGAAUGCCACCAAUCUGAGGUCACUCAAUCUCGGUUACAACCAUUUCGUGGGGAAACUUCCAAGAUCUUUGACAAGCUGCUCUUCUCUAGAGGUCCUAAACGUGGAACACAAUCGAUUCGACGACACUUUCCCAUUCUGGUUGCAGUCCCUAAACAAGCUACAAGUUCUGAUCCUCAGGUCAAACGAGUUUCAUGGGUUAUUACAAUAUCAACCCCAAGGACCUUCCUGGUUUCCGCAGCUCCGAAUCAUUGACUUAUCACACAAUGAAUUCACAGGGACCUUACUAGAUGAUUUCUUCAUCUACUUGAGCGCAAUGUCAUCAAAGGGAGAUAGUCCAAAAUUUAAGUACAUUGGGGGCAAUUCAUAUUACCGCGACUCAAUGGUUUUGAUGAACAAGGGAGUGGAGCUGGAGUACACUAGGAUCUUCACACUCUUAACAGCCAUUGAUUUCUCAGGAAACAAACUCCAAGGAGAGAUCCCUGAAUCCAUCGGUCUUCUAAAAGAUCUAAUUGUGCUCAAUCUCUCGAGCAACGGUUUUAACGGCAACAUCCCUUCGUCUCUGGGGAAUCUGACUCAGCUCGAGUCACUGGACUUGUCGCACAACGAGCUUUCGGGUCAAAUCCCACCUGCGCUCAGGGACCUCACGAAACUGUCGUUCAUCAAGGUUUCUCACAACGAGCUAGUAGGCCCGAUACCGCGAAGCACACAGUUCCAGACGCAAUCUGCUUCGUCUUUCCAAGGGAAUCGCGGACUGUGUCUGUGUGGUCCUCCUCUCAACGAAAACUGCGGAGACAAGGAGGAGCCAUCACAAACAGAGGAGAAGGAAGAAGAAGACGUGAUAAGCUGGAUCGCAGCUGCUAUAGGCUUAGCGCCUGGAUUCAUCUUCGGGAUGACGAUUGGGCACGUCGUGAUUAUAAGCAAGCCUCAGUGGUUCAUGGUGAGGAAGAAAACGCGGCGGAUCGCGUUAGGUCGGUUCUCUAGUGAGUCUCCACACCAAAGAAACCCUAGGUGAGCAAGAGGGACGACAUAGCGGUAUGCAUGGAAGGACUUUACCGAUGACCACUGGGAUUGGGGGGAGUAGACGUCUGUUUUUGUAUUACAAUAUUUGUUAUGUUUGCUUCUCAUUUGAGCAUAUAAUAAAUCUUCGAGUUAAAUCA